CAGCAUCCUGCCUCCAACACCACUAUCUUUCUCGAUCAACCGCCCAGCUGCCUGCAAUUCAGCCCCGCAAUCCCCGACUGCUGCAUCAUCGGCACCUACUUGCUGUCCGAACAGAAAGACGAAACGAAUGACGCCAACAUCCAACAAACCAAGACCGGGUCUCUGCAGCUCUGGCGCAUAAACCCCUCUACGAACGAACUCACUCUCCUCUCGAAACUCCCUCUCCCCUACGCAGUCUUCGACCUCCACUUCCACCCUCGCGACCCCUCCCUCCUCUCCAUCGCAACAAGCGCAGGCUCCGUCGCCUUCUUCCGCCUCACGCCGGGUGAAAAUGAUGACCAACCGCCCACCCUGGCCCAUCUCCUCACGCAUUCCGUCCACGAAGACCCCUCCAUCCCCGCCCUCUUCCUCGCCUGGACGCCCUCGACCUGGCCCUCCCUAACCCCCGGUACCAAUACUGACAACACUCCCCUCGACGCCUUCGCCGUGACCUUCUCCGACAGCCUCACAACCAUCUUCCAAUAUACCCCCGGUCCCGACCCCGACUCACCCCCUCAGAUCGCGGAACUCGAUUCCUUCCCAGCCUCGCAAGCCAUCGAAGUCUGGUUCGCCGCGCUCGCGACCUUUCCCAACGCCUCUUCUUCCCAGCAGCAGCAGCAGCAAGCGCAGCAACAAAUCCCCUACAUCUUCACAGGGAACGACUUCGGCGCCCUCCACACCCGCCGCUACGACACCAACCGGACACCAACAAUCUCAUCAUCAGAGACAGACCCUCGGCCCCAACAACUCUCCGCUCUUCUCGACCAUCACGACCGCGGCCGCCACCACACCGCCGGCGUAACCUCCAUCCUCCCCUUGCCCAUUCCCCUCCAAGAUGACAGUCCCGUCAUUCUGACGGGGAGCUACGACGAGUCUUUGAGAGUGUAUCACGCUACUCGACGCGGGGAAGUUCUCGCGGAGAUAGGGCUGGGCGGAGGCGUGUGGCGGCUGCAGCUUCUGUCGUCGUCGUCGCCGUCGUCGUCGUCAUCGUCUGUAGCUGGAGAAGCAGACGGAUGGACCGGUCUGGUGUUGGCGAGCUGCAUGCACGGCGGGACGCGGGUCGUGCGGGUGCAGUGCUCCGCGGAGUCCGGAUGGGAGAUGGAGAUCUUGGCGGAGUUCAGGGAGCAUGAGAGUAUGAACUAUGCGUCGGAUGUGUGGAAGCCUGUGGGGGGGUAUGAGCUACCUGUGCGCAGCGACAAAGCGGGAAAGCAGGAGCAGGAGAUCCUCUGUUUGUCGAGUAGUUUCUAUGAUCGGCGGGUCUGCCUGUGGCGGGUC